CAGGCUGUGCGAGCUAAAAGGUCAAAACCCAAAUGCAGUAAGCUUUACUCCUUGAUACGGAAGAGCAGACAAUCAUUUAAAUGUUCAGUAGGCCAAAGUGUUGCAAUGAGAGUGGUUGAAACUAAUGUGAAAUGCAGCAAAAGCAGAAUGAAGAGAAGUUCUUCAGUGCAGCGUUACUGAGAUGAUGUCGACUGGUUUGUCAGCCAGUGAAAGUGGAGGUAGAUUAUUUCACAAAGCAGAGUUUCUCAGCAAAGCUGGACAAAUUGGGCCCAAAUUAGGGUCAUCCAGUCGGAACUCCUAUUAGGUCUCUCCUAUUGGACAAGCUUGGCUUUUGGCUAAAGUUAUCCGGUCAGCUGAGAAGUCAUGCUCUGUGAAAUGCUCUAUAAUAAGAGAGAGAAUGUGACAAUGUUGGAAAACGUGUUUCAGUGGAUCCACCUUCAUUAAACGGCGAGGGCAGAGUGUCUCUGUUAACCUUGUGGAAGGACGCGACUGUAUUUAUUGACGUAUGCAAAUGUUUUUAGGGGUGGUCUUAUAGGGAGGAGAGAGAAAAAAAACAGGAACAAGAAUCAGUUUCACAUUGCAGAUCUGGAGUUCCGGUGAGGGGGGAAAAGAGACGUGGCGAAAAAACUGGUGAAUAUCGGGGCUUGUCUGAAGUUUUUCCUCCUUUAUUGGCGUUUUUGGAGAUAAAUGUGUGUUUCAGAAGAAACGGGGACGGUCUAAGAGGAUACAGGCUGCGGUUUGUGCAAUAACGGCGACACUUUGUGCUAAAUGGGCGAUUCCGGCUCGGCUCUGCUCAGCAGUAACAGCAGCAGCGGCAGCCCCAGCAAUAAUAACAACAAUUUCUCUUUCUCGACGUUUCCUUCGUCCAAACGCGGUCACAGCCCGACGAAUGUGGUGUACGAUAUCCUCAAUAACAACUCGUCUCUCUUCUUCCCCCUUCCAGCUCGGCAAACCAUGCAGGAUGAUUUACUGAUGGACAAAAGCAAAGCCCAGGCUCACCAGCAGCAGCAAGACCCAGCGAGCAUCGACCCACCCUCCACCCCGACCCCCUCGUCGGAGCCGGCGGUCUCGGAGGACAGCCCGUCCGGCCAAGCCCCUUCGAGGCCGAGCGGCAAGGAGAAGACCGCCAUGGAGUCGCCGCUCCUGCCCGGCUUGAGCUUCCACCAGCCGCCGCCGCAGGAGACCGGGGGCACCUCGCUGUCUCCUUCGUUCGGCAGCACUUGGUCCUCGCCGACCACGAAUGCCAUGGACGAUAGCUUUUUCCAAGGAAUCCCCUCGGUGAACGGCACCAUGCUUUUCCAGAACUUUCCGCACCACGUCAACCCGGUUUUCGGAGGCAGCUUUUCGCCUCAGAUCGGGCUGGCGCAGUCUCAGCACCAACAGCAGCCCCAGCCGCCGCAGCAGCAGCAGCCCCAGCCCCAGUCCCAGCAGAGGAGGUCCCCCGUCAGCCCCAACCAAGCUGCUUUCCCCCAGAGGACCGCGUACGCUCACCAGGCCGUCGUGAACAGCAAGGUCUCCCCGGCCUCGUCCUCCUCCUCGUCCGCCUGGAAUAACCACCAGAACGCGGUGUGGAGUUCAGGCUCGAGUCCGUGGAGCGGGCUGCAGGCGGCCAGGGACCCGCGCAGAGCAGUGGGGGUCGGGGUGGGAGUCGGGGUAGGGGUCGGAGUCGGGGUCGGGGUCCCUUCUCCCCUCAACCCAAUCUCCCCGAUGAAAAAGCCCUACCCCAGCAACGUCAUUGCUCCGCCGAAAUUUCCAAGAGCCGGUCCCCUUACCGCAAAGCCCUGGAUGGAGGACAGCGCCUUUAGAACAGACAACAGCAACAACAUGUUACCUUUUCAGGACCGGAAUCGGCCCUUUGAUCCAUUUAGCUUGCAAACUUUGGAGAAUUCCUUAAUGGAUAUGAUAAGGACUGAUCAUGACAAAGGUAAACAACACCCUGUCGGGGGGCCACCAAUGACUAUCGCUGAUAUUGUAUGGAGGAAUCAUUUUGCAGGACGCAUGGGUCUGAACUUUCACCACCCAGCAGCAGAACACAUAAUGCCACUGACCAGGAACUAUGGUCGCAGAAGAGGUCGCUCGUCACUGUUUCCUUUCGAGGAUGGUUUUCUUGAUGACCCUCAUGGUGACCAGUCCCUGACCCCAGGGCUGAACUCACCCACUCGCUGUCAGAACGGUGAGAGAAUGGAGCGCUACUCCAGGAAGGUCUUUGUUGGUGGACUGCCUCCAGACAUCGAUGAAGAUGAGAUCACCAACAGUUUUCGUCGCUAUGGACACUUGGUGGUGGACUGGCCCCAUAAGGCAGAAAGCAAGUCCUACUUUCCUCCUAAAGGUUAUGCCUUCCUGCUGUUUCAGGAGGAGAGCUCUGUGCAGGCCCUCAUUGACGCCUGUAUUGAGGAAGAUGGAAAACUGUACUUGUGUGUUUCCAGUCCCACUAUUAAAGAUAAACCAGUCCAAAUCCGCCCUUGGAAUCUGAGCGACAGUGACUUUGUGAUGGACGGCUCCCAGCCUCUAGACCCCCGUAAGACCAUCUUUGUCGGAGGGGUUCCACGACCUCUGCGCGCAGUGGAGCUGGCAAUGAUUAUGGACAGGCUGUAUGGAGGCGUGUGCUAUGCUGGCAUUGACACUGAUCCUGAGCUAAAGUACCCCAAAGGGGCUGGCCGAGUGGCCUUCUCCAAUCAGCAGAGCUACAUUGCUGCCAUCAGCGCUCGAUUUGUCCAGCUGCAACACAACGACAUUGACAAACGAGUGGAGGUGAAGCCGUACGUGCUGGACGAUCAGAUGUGUGAUGAGUGUCAGGGUGCGCGCUGCGGGGGGAAGUUCGCCCCAUUCUUCUGUGCCAACGUCACCUGCCUGCAGUACUACUGCGAGUACUGCUGGGCCAGCAUCCACUCCCGUGCCGGCCGCGAGUUCCACAAACCGCUGGUCAAAGAGGGAGGAGACCGGCCCCGCCACGUCUCUUUCCGCUGGAGCUGAUGGGGGCUCACUCCAGCCCCUCCCCGUCAAUCUCCGAUCACCCUCCCUGCACAGCCUAGAUCAGUGCUGACCACCCCCUCCCCCCAGUCAACCAACUAACCACCACCGUCAUGACUACAAGCGACAACUACAACUGAAGAUAACAUGGGUCUUUUAUCUUUUCUUUUUAGAAACAAAAAAAAAAGAAUCAUCACAGCUCUUAAUAUCUUUGU